AUGUUUUCUAUAGUUGAAGCAUCUUCAAAAGACAAACGAGUUAAGGCAUAGCCAUCUCUGCAUAUCACUAAUAAUAAAUAAUAAACUUUUGGCUAGGAAUAACAAAUACAAAAGGAAUAUCAAAUUGAUUUUGGAAUUUAAGGCCUUAAGCAAUAAAAAUAAUUGAAAACCUUAAGGAAUUUAGAUUUAAUAAGGAAGGAGAAUGGUUUUGAUAUUUAUUAAUUUCCUUUGAUUUACAAAUAACAAAUUGGAUGUAUUGAGGAAUAUAAAACAAUAAUUUUAAUAGGAACUUAAAAUUCAUAAAAGUUGAAUUUCAUAAAAUUUAUUUGUAAAUUAUUAUUAUGAUGUUGAAUUUUCAGAUGGUUAUAGAUUUGAAAUAGAUCAUAAUAUUGAUAUAAGUAAAGAUAAAUAAAAUGAUGAAUAUGAAUAAAUGAAAGUAUAUUAUAUUAGACCAUCAAAUGGAUAAUUAGGACUUAGAAUUAUAUAUACAUUAGAUUAUAAUGAUGAUUUAAUUUAUGAGGAUUAACAAAUAUUCAAAUAGAAUAUUCAAUGUAAUAUCUAAUUCAACUUAACUUAAUCAAAAUAUACUAAUUGGUUUUGUUAUUCCAUAAUAAGUGUAAAUCGGAACAUUUUUUAUGUUGGAAUCUAGCUGAAUAUAUCCUAUAAUUAGCUCAAAAGAAAUACCUUAAGCAUAUAUUAUCAAUUUUUUUCUAUUAUAGUCUUUCUCGCAUUCCUACUUAACUUGAAGAAUAAGGAAGAAAUGGUUUCGAUUAAUCUAAGAUUCUGUUCCAUUAACUACAUAUAUGGCCUCUGA